UCUUCCUGGUUCGGUGAAAAGACGGGAAAGAUAUGUCAUAAAUAAAUAAAUGAUACACAUCCCGGCUACCAAGACAAACAUCAAAAGUCACCUUAUAUAUUGAGUUGGUGUACUAUGGAAAUUGGUAUGCGUCACUUAACACUGAAUGUUUUGCUGUAUAUCUUGCAUGUACAUGGAUUAGAAAAGCUUGCACUACAUAAACCAACUUGGGAGCAGUAUCCAUGGCCAGACAAAAUGAGAGACUUUGGUAGUGAGAAUGCGGUUGACGGAAUGUACACUGAUCGUGGAGCUAAAGGGGGUCAAUGUACGAUAUCUGAUGAUGGCGAAUACAAUACAACAUGGGGAGUAGACCUUGGGAGAGUGGUCAGCAUCAGUCAUAUAGAAAUCUACUACAGGACGAAAUACGAUUAUAAUAUCACGAUAACCAUUCAGCAUUACAUGGAUAUUAAUGAAGCUGAUACAGGAAGCAGGAAACAUACGAUGGCUCUUUGCUAUUCUAGUCUAAACUUACAAAUAUUAAUGUAUAAUAAGGCGUAUAUUGAUUAUAAAAUAUUUUACCGUGUUUUAUCUCAGUUGAAAAAGGGUUUGAGGUUUGUAUAACGUGUCCAAAAAUUUAGUGCAUAUUUAUUCGUCAAUUGGGGAGAUAAAUAAAUGAUUUAUUUCCUUUUACGAUGCUUUCAUAUCUUUAAACAUGUAGGUUGAUAAAAAUGGUUAAUUUGAUAACUUCUUUACAAGAAUAUAUAUGAUAGGUUGUUUGUUAAAUACUUUGAAUGUCUGCUUGACUAUUCAUUAAUUUGUUUGUGCAUGCAAUUUACUAUUUUUUAAACUAAACCUCUAACAAAUGAUUUGUACUUGAGUUGUAAUGAUCAUUAUGUAUCUGAGAAUACUCGUAAACUGCAGUUAAACUGUGUAUGAUUUCUGUUGUAAUUAUGAAAAUAUUCGUUGAACAAAUUGUAUAAAAAUACAUUUGGAUUUUGCAAAUUGCAAAUCACGCCUUUACAGCAUGUUUUGAUUUAUUGGAGCAACUUGUUUUCAUUCCUCCUAGGGUUUAUUUAUACAAUGAAAAAAUAAACAUUUGUGUUAAAGUAUAUAAGUCUGUAAGAAAGGUUUUUUAAAGAUUAGAAAAACGUAUAUAAUAAGGAAUUUUUAACAUCCAUCCGUUAGUGUUUCUUUCAUGAAAUGUAAAAAAGAAACAACUUCGUCCACCCUUUUUAGUUUAACAUUUUAGCACAAUCAGAGGCCAUGUAAAAAUCUUUUAAUUCUCAAGGAAAUAUUAAUCUAGAACGUACGAAAUCUAAUCUACGUAUACUGUUUAAUUUCUGCAAGUCUAAUUCACAUAAAGUUUCAACGCCUUU